AUUUGCAUUCUGAUGUCGUGAAAGUCUUUCGGAAACUAUUUUUAAUCCUGCUUUUGUCGAGAUUCAUGUGACAUGUAAACCAACAAGCAGAGAAAGAUCCUCGAAAAGCUGGCAUCGAAGUAAGUUGGACGUACAUGCUAGCAAGGGCACUCCAGUGAGAGUCUGAGUAGAUACAAUGAAUGUCUAGAUCGGUCGAGCGGCUUCACAACACGAUGCACAAUUACUUCAGAGCUUAAAUCUGCGAACAGAAAGCAAUCCAGUCUUUGUGGCCCCACAACAAUGGUUUUAGCCCACUAAGUCGUGUUUGCAAUAGAAUUCGGACACGAGGCUUGUAACCUUGCAAUACUGUUUGGGUUUCCAGCCUUUGUGCAGCAUCCACAACCGAACUUCCAAUCGUGAAAGAUGCCAGUCCUGAAUUCGUGAACAAUGCCAGUGAGGUUGUUUUUCGAGUUUAAUCCCUCCCAGAGAUGACUAUUUGCUUGUAGAUGAUCCAAGUAUCCGCCAUUAAGUUGUUUACAGUAUUCGAUUGACCCUGUAGAACAAAAGUUUCGAGCAUUUCCAAGCUCCGAUAACAAUCCGAGCACUACGUACACCAGGGUGGGACGGAACCACAAAAAAAUGGUCAUCAUGCUCUUGGGACGGUAACUUUCAUGACACGACAGAGCUCCCAGGUACGACACGAAGGUUCUGACUCCAUGCACAGUAUACAAGUCGCAUCUUGUAGGACUCAAAGAUCCUUGAGAAACGUCAGCUUGUGGCCGUAUUCACGUACCAUUUGAACGAGUCCACACUUUGUAGCUACGUAUCAAGCACAGUGAGACUGUUUGAGGUCUAGACCACAUCUUCCUUCUGCCGCAGAUCCACACGAGUGCGAUGAAAUUACAGUGGCGGGUCAUUACAAGUAACAACUCAGAGAUUUGUUCAAGGCAAUUGGCGUCGAUCACCCCAUGUUCCAGCCCUGAAUUGGAACGACACGUCGUCGAGUUUUGUACUUCAAUAAUCCGAGAUGGGGAAACUCGAAUUUGAGUGGACUGCGAAAGACUGCGCCCCAGAGCGAUGCAUGAGAAUCGCAUCAAACAUGGACUUGAUCUUCCCCAGCCUGCUACCUCAAUUCUUUGUAAAAACGGAGCGCUUGGAGGGCGAUGGUGGUCCUGGCACAAUCAGACUCAUCACCCUCGGCCCCGCCAUAACUGGCGGCGAGGAGCGACAAAAUAAGGAACGAGUGACAGUUGUCGACGAGGGCACCGGCACCAUAGGAUGGGAACUGGUGGACGAUCACAGAUACAGCAAGCUCAAGACCACGUUCAAGAUAAUCCCGUGCUCAAACGGAAAAGAUUCCAUCCUCCACUGGGAGAUAGACUUCGAGCCCAUCGACGGCUCCACGCCACCUCCAGAAAACUUCAAGGACAGCAAGAUCCACGUCAUCGAAGCAGUGCAGAAGUACGCCAACACACAUCCGGAAUGGCCUUGAAAGGGGUUGUUCCACCUCACUCAAUGAUCUUCAUCUCAAGGUCCCGAAUCUGCAUACAUCCUUACAUCAUCCAAUAACAUUUCCAUUCUCCGAUGCUAGUCUCCAACCCUCUGAAAAUAGUUGCCAAAAACUCCUCCGAGGUUUACCUCCAAAUGUUUACAUAUUCCUUAAUACAAACCU